GCGCGGCAAAUUUAAGAUUGUGUGUAUUUUUGUUGAAUGUUCAGGAGUCACAAUACUCUGAUACACUUUGGAAAAACAACAAACUAUGGCUAUUGUUUAUUAAGUGCAUUAAUGCAUUCUAGAAGGCACAGAUUUGGAGAACAUAGGCCCAGUUUCAAGUUUCAAGCUCAUUCUGUUGCAGAUGAAAUAGUUCAGACAUGUAACAACCUGGCAGGAAGUCAUGGCAAGGAAUAUACGGUUAAGGAAACGAAAUAAACCCAUUUCCAUGAAUACUCAAUGUUGCUCAUGUGUCCUUGCCAAUACCACAGUCCAGAGCUCAGAAAGCAGUAAUCUGGAAAGUCCGAUGUUACGGAGUUGGCCAACCAGGAAAUAUUAAUGUAGUACUUUGGCAUUGGUGCAGCUUGUGACCCAGCUCCUGUGGGCUUGCCACACUGAAAUGAAUCUGGCUGGCUCAGCCCACCUGCCUCUACUCCCAGGCUGUGUUUAUUAAACUAGAGCACAGCAGACACACAGUUUCUAUAGGUAACGUUUAAAUUACCUACAUUUGACUAUCCUCAUUUCACCCACCCACCUCUUUCCUCGUUUCACUCCUACCUCUACACACGCUUCACCCACAGAAACAUUACCUCACAGCCUUUUUUUUCCUUUUCUUUUAGACCAAAUCUUUUAAGCAACUUUAAAAAAAAAAAAAAAAGAAAAUAUUCCCCAGCACACUUAUCUCUGUUUGUAGUACCGGGAAGAACUGCUGGGGCCAAAUCGGGCGCAAUGGAAUUUGCUGUGGGGAAACCCGCUGAUGACACUGGAACCCGCCCGUGUGUGAAUUCCCGCGGCUCCUGCCACCCCUUUAUAAGCAGGUGGAGGUGAGGCAGGGCUGGCAGGAGCAGCAGGCAGCAGCCAGGCACUCGCUGGAGCACAGCUGUGUGUGGAGAGGGAAUGACUGGCUGCAGCAGCAAGAGCAUGGUCCUGGUUUCCCUGCUGGGGCUCCUGGCACUGCUCCUGUGGGGCACCUCGGAAGCACAAAGCAACCAGGAUUGCUGCCUGUCCUACACCAAAGUGCGUCUGCCUCGGUGGGCCCUGAAGGGUUACACUGAACAGCUCCCCAGUGAGGUCUGCGACAUCCCUGCCAUCAUUUUCCACACUGCCAGUGGGCGGAACGCCUGUGUAAAUCCUAAGGAAGGCUGGGUGAAGAAACAUCUCCGUUUCCUGAGCCACAAGCUCAGGAAGAUGUCAGCCUGACACAGUGUCCAGCAAGGGCCUAAACACAGACAUGGCUGAAGAAGUCCUGGGUUGAGGCUCCUGGCUGAGGUGGUUUGUACACUGCUGUGUGCUCACUCACCUCCAACUCUGGCUUCUUUGGAACCCAUGAACUCUUGAGUUGAUUCAUAUUGCAUCACUGGUUUGCUUGAGUUAAGCAUGUUGUUAAAGUUUUUAUUUUUACUAAUAUGUGUAUAUUAGUGAUAGAACAUGAGUAUUAUUUACUUCGAGCUGUUGUACAGAGUGUGAAUUUUAUUAAGUUUAUUGCAUGUUGGUUUUGUUUUCUUCAGCAUAUGUAAAGCAGGUUAUUUAUUCUGUUUAUUUUGUUAUUGUCUUGUGCCAAAAUGUUUCCUUUAACCAUUAUAAUACCUCUUGAACUAUUGUUAAAUAAAGUCUGUUUGCAGAAAAAAUUGGUAAUUGAAGAUUUAAAAAAAAUAAAUGUUAAAAUCAG